UUUUGCCUUGUGAAAAAGUGAAAUAAAUUCGCUGUUUGUUUUUCUUUUCUGUUGUUCUCUGGUUUUUAAUUCUGGACUGAUCGUUUGGCUGAUUCCAAAAGCUUUGUACUAUGGUUAAAAUGGUGUGGGAGAGAGUAGCAUGCUGAUCGUUUUAUGAUACUUAAUGGAGAUUACACCACUUUCCAAAUUGUCUAAUUUGAAGGAAUGCUGAAAACUUGUCAGUUCUAUUGUAAAAUUGAUCCUUUUUGUUCCAGAGAGGCAUGUGUGAAAGGGUUAGCUUGCCAUCUGUUUGAUGUAGGAGUGUGAAUAAAUUAUGUAGAUCGCGGGGCAUUGCAGCCAAUGGGCUAAGCCUGGACUCUCGGUAGAGGAAGAUAGUUAAUAGGCUGCCCGCCGCUCUGGAUUGCUGCAUAAAUGCUGGGAGCAGCAGCUCUAUGGUUAUGAGGUGGGCCGAGCGGGAUGACGUCAUCGCCCGGGAGCUGCUGCAGGAUGGAGUGGAGAGCUGCUGCUGAUGGCAUUGUUUUUGUGGCCGCAUCUGAAUGACAGAUCCUCACUACAAAGAUAGCCCUUUGGCCCCCCGUGUAGGCCUCCUGGUCCGGGUGUUUCACCAUGCCAGCGCAGCGCCAUGAGUCCUGGAUGCAUGCUGCUGUUGGUGUUUGGCUUUGUUGGCGGGGCGGUGGUCAUUAAUUCGGCUAUAUUAGUAUCGCUGUCUGUUUUACUGCUCGUGCACUUUUCUUUUUCUACCGGUGUGCCAGCUCUGACGCAGAACCUGCCAAGGAUACUCAGAAAAGAACGCCCUAUAUCACUAGGGCUCUUCCCUCUGCCUGCUGGGGAUGGACUGCUCACACCUGAUGCUCAGAAAGGCGGCGAGACCCCUGGAUCAGAGCAGUGGAAGUUUCAAGAACUGAGUCAGCCACGAUCUCAUACCAGCCUUAAGGAUGAACUUUCUGAUGUUAGCCAAAGUGGAUCUAAAGUUACCACUCCAGCAUCAACAGCUAAUUCAGAUGUGGCAACAAUUCCUACUGAUACUCCCUUGAAAGAAGACAACGAAGCAUCUGUGAAGGUUACAGAUACACCAACUAAGUCAGAGAUAAGCAAGCACAUUGAAGUACAGGUAGCCCAAGAAACUAGAAAUGUGUCUACAGGCUCUGUUGAAAAUGAGGAGAAAUCAGAGGUUCAGGCAAUCAUCGAGUCUACUCCUGAGUUGGAUAUGGACAAAGAGCUCAGCGGAUAUAAGGGUUCAAGCACUCCCACCAAAGGCAUAGAGAACAAAGCUUUUGAUCGCAAUACUGAAUCUCUCUUUGAAGAACUGUCUUCAGCUGGCUCCGGCCUAAUUGGAGAUGUGGAUGAAGGAGCUGACUUACUAGGAAUGGGUCGUGAAGUUGAGAAUCUUAUAUUAGAAAAUACACAACUGUUGGAAACCAAAAAUGCUUUGAAUGUAGUGAAGAAUGAUUUAAUAGCAAAAGUGGAUGAACUCACCUGUGAGAAAGAUGUGCUGCAAGGGGAGCUGGAGGCGGUGAAGCAAGCCAAACUGAAGCUAGAGGAAAAGAACAAAGAAUUGGAGGAAGAGCUUAGGAAAGCUCGUGCAGAAGCUGAAGAUGCAAGGCAAAAAGCAAAAGAUGAUGAUGAUAGUGAUAUUCCUACAGCACAGAGGAAGCGCUUUACCAGGGUAGAAAUGGCCCGAGUUCUCAUGGAGAGGAACCAGUAUAAAGAAAGAUUGAUGGAGCUUCAAGAAGCUGUUCGAUGGACAGAGAUGAUUCGGGCAUCACGAGAAAAUCCAGCCAUGCAGGAAAAAAAAAGGUCAAGCAUCUGGCAAUUUUUCAGCAGACUUUUCAGCUCUUCAAGUAACACGACCAAGAAGCCGGAGCCACCAGUGAAUCUGAAGUACAACGCACCCACCUCUCACGUUACUCCCUCGGUCAAGAGAAGAAGCAGCACCUUGUCCCAGCUCCCCGGGGAUAAGUCCAAAGCCUUUGACUUCCUCAGCGAAGAAACUGAAGCCAGUUUAGCGUCACGCAGAGAACAGAAGAGAGAACAGUAUCGCCAGGUGAAGGCUCAUGUUCAGAAGGAGGAUGGCAGAGUGCAAGCCUUUGGCUGGAGUCUACCUCAGAAGUAUAAGCAGGUAACCAAUGGCCAAGGGGAAAAUAAGAUGAAAAAUUUACCCGUCCCUGUCUAUCUCAGGCCUCUGGAUGAAAAAGAUGCAUCAAUGAAGCUGUGGUGUGCUGUCGGAGUCAACCUGUCUGGUGGGAAGACCAGAGACGGCGGCUCUGUCGUUGGAGCAAGUGUGUUUUACAAGGAUGUUGCUGGUCUGGAAACAGAAGGCAGUAAGCAGCGCAGCGCCUCUCAGAGUAGUUUAGAUAAGUUAGAUCAGGAGCUGAAGGAACAGCAGAAGGAGUUAAAGAAUCAAGAAGAAUUAUCCAGUCAAGUCUGGAUCUGUACCAGCACCCAUUCAGCUACAAAAGUUAUCAUCAUUGAUGCUAUUCAGCCAGGCAACAUCCUAGACAGUUUCACUGUUUGCAAUUCUCAUGUUCUGUGCAUCGCAAGUGUACCAGGAGCGCGAGAAACGGACUACCCUGCAGGAGAAGAGCUCUCCGAGUCUGGGCAGGUGGACAAAGCAUCUCUGUGUGGGAGCAUGACAAGCAACAGCUCAGCAGAGACAGACAGCCUCCUGGGGGGCAUUGCGGUGGUUGGGUGCUCCACGGAAAGUGCCACGGGAGCUGCUGCCUCCCCCAGUCCCAGCAGGGCCUCCCCGGUGGUAGAGAAAGCACCAGAAAUGGAAGCAGAAAAUACUGAGGUCGAUGAAAAUGUGCCGACAGCAGAAGAAGCGACUGAAGCCACGGAAGGCAGCGCGGGCUCAGCGGAGGACGCCGCGGACGUCUCCCAGCCCGGCGUGUACACGGAGCACGUCUUCACAGAUCCUUUGGGAGUACAAAUCCCGGAAGACCUCUCUCCAGAGUAUCACUCAAGUAAUGACUCUGAUGGCUAUAAAGACCAAAUAUCAGUGUUGCAAAAUGAACAAGAUCUCGUGAGAGAAGAAGCCCAGAAGAUGAGUAGCCUUUUACCAACAAUGUGGCUUGGAGCUCAAAAUGGCUGUUUGUACGUCCAUUCAUCUGUAGCCCAGUGGAGGAAAUGUCUCCAUUCCAUUAAGCUUAAAGAUUCAAUUCUCAGUAUUGUACAUGUGAAAGGAAUUGUGUUAGUGGCCCUGGCUGACGGCACUCUCGCCAUCUUUCACAGGGGAGUUGACGGACAGUGGGACCUGUCGAACUAUCACCUCUUAGACCUUGGCCGGCCUCACCAUUCCAUUCGCUGUAUGACUGUGGUGCACGACAAAGUCUGGUGUGGCUAUAGGAACAAAAUCUAUGUGGUUCAGCCAAAGGCCAUGAAGAUAGAGAAGUCAUUUGAUGCACACCCCAGGAAGGAGAGCCAAGUGCGGCAGCUCGCGUGGGUGGGCGACGGCGUGUGGGUGUCCAUUCGCUUGGAUUCCACUCUCCGUCUCUAUCACGCACACACUUACCAGCAUCUACAGGAUGUGGACAUCGAGCCUUAUGUAAGCAAAAUGCUAGGUACUGGGAAACUGGGCUUCUCCUUCGUGAGGAUCACAGCUCUUAUGGUGUCUUGCAAUCGUUUGUGGGUGGGGACAGGAAACGGUGUCAUUAUCUCCAUCCCAUUGACAGAAACCGUAAUCCUCCACCAGGGACGUUUACUGGGGCUGAGGGCAAACAAAACCUCAGGAGCCCCAGGAAAUCGUCCUGGCAGUGUAAUCCGUGUAUAUGGUGAUGAAAAUAGCGACAAAGUGACUCCAGGGACUUUCAUACCCUACUGCUCAAUGGCCCACGCACAACUCUGCUUCCAUGGACACCGGGAUGCUGUCAAAUUCUUUGUGGCAGUUCCAGGCCAAGUCAUCAGUCCACAGAGUGGCAGUUCCGGCACAGAUCUGACGGGGGACAAGGCAGGGCCACCUGCGCAGGAGCCUGGCAGUCAGACGCCCUUGAAGUCGAUGCUUGUCAUCAGCGGAGGAGAGGGCUACAUUGACUUCCGCAUGGGUGAUGAAGGUGGAGAAUCAGAACUUCUCGGAGAGGAUCUUCCACUUGAGCCUUCCGUCACCAGAGCAGAGAGGAGUCACUUGAUAGUGUGGCAAGUGAUGUAUGGCAGCGAGUGAGCCCACAGGAAACAGGUGGAGACUGGAGCGCCGCCUCUCCUGCAUGGUUUCAUUCCCCUCUCCCUUUUAUUUAAUGCUCUUUUUUUUUUUAAUAAGUUUCACCGUAUGCGCGAGCAUCGUUCCCCGUUAACUGUAUUACAGAUCUGUCCUGCCGUAACAGCACAGAGGAGCUGGCGCUGACUGCACCAGUGUUAGAGGUGACCGCAGUAGGCUGUGCACACGUCAGAGAACGUUUACUUUGAGUAAACUGGUGACAGAGAAAGCAAUCCAAGUGUGGUCAGGUCUACCACAGUUUAAUGUCGCUUCGUUUGAUGGGGUAACAUUUUAGCUGUCACUAAUAACGGAAUUAAUGGAAAACACUUGAUAAAUGAAACUGUACCAUUAAGUACAAUAGCAAGGUUUGCCCUGAUGUAUUAUAAUUGACACACACUAAUAUCAGGUGGAUCAUCAGGAUUUAUCUAAAUGUCCCAAGAGGGCAAAAAGAUAACUGUAACUUACUUUCACUUUCACUUUCAAAUAUGACAAAUCCUGUUUAUAUGGUAUAUAAGACUUUGUUUUCAUCAGAUUUGGGGGGGUUUUAUAUUAAAGAAACUAAGACUACACUAUUUAAAUAAAAGUUUCCUGUUUCUGACUUACUAGAGCUCUAAAGUUUACGAGGCCUGCUUCUCUGACUUAUUUUGUUUGGUUUUGUGAGACCAGUCUCACGCAUUUUCAUCCUGCCAUAUCCAGGAGGUUCCAAGAUGCUCUGGGAAGUUAGAAGACACGUCAGCCCUGGGAGGAUCUUUUUUUUUUUUUUUUUAAAGGAAACUGUGUUUUGUGUUUCUCGUACCUGAAGGUGGUGGUGGUCGACUGAGUUAUUUCCAUGUGAGAAAGUCUCCUGCUUGCCCAGUGUUCCGGCUCUGACCUGUCAGAGCUGUAGCGAGGGAUCUGAGCUGGCCAACUGAGUCACGGCUUUGGUAUUAAAAACUCAUUCUCUUUUGUUCUGUAUAAAAUUGCAGAAGAGCCAGUGCUUGGUAUUUUGUAUGUAAAUGACACCUGCAAGCUUUUGCAGCCUUUUGACCUUAACACGUCAUCUUCAAAGGGAGCGUCUGUAAAGGGCUGGAGACAGAGUCAGGAUGCUGCACAGGCGGAGCUAACAGCCUUUCACUCAUACUGCUCAUUUGGGGGGAAAAAAUGAUAAGUCCAGUUUUUUAACUUGUUUUUUGUUGGCGUUGUUGUUAUUUGUUUAAUUGAGAUGUUAAGAAGCAUUAUACUGCAGUUUUGUUUUGUUUUUACCUCUUCGGCUUCUUGAGAAUGUGUGAUUUACUAUCCCUUACCCAUUGUUCUAACUAAAACUAUGAUAGUUUUAAAAAAUAUAAACCUAAUAGAUAAGAGACCCACAGUCAUUAGAAACACACGUUUCAAGUUGUCUGGGCAUUCUCAAGUACUAGGGAGGUGGUUUUUUCGGUUUUUUUUUCCCUAAACUGCCAUACAAAUGUACUUGUAAAAAGUAUGCCAGCGACACACCUCAUUGGAAGUAUACACACAUGGGAUUUAAUGAGCCAGAGGAGGCCCCGUGUGUCUUUAGGCAUAUUUUGUGCACAGUAAAAAUGUGGUCACUAUGUUUUAGAAAAAGAGGAACUGUAUCAAAAGGCCAGUUUUUUGCUUGAGCGACCUGGCCACUGUCCCCAAGGCAUCAGCACCUGGAUCAUCUCUCCAUAGCUUAUUAGCUAUGUUUUUGUUUUAUUUUAUUUAAACUCUAAACCAUUUUUGGUGACACCUAAAAAAUGCCAUGAUUAAACCUUUGUUGGAAAUGUUGCAUAAAAAUCACAAGAAAGAGACACCAAAGGGUUUGGGAUUUGAAUCCCAAGAAGCAGACAGCCUUUUACAUUUUUAUGUGACCAAAUGUAACUUAGGAAUUCAGGAGUUACAGGUGAAAGGGCAGGUGUAUCAUGAUGGCUGUCAUUGUUCCCUUUAAACUUCCUGGCUUUAGCUUGGGGAGUAUGGGUGGAGCUUUUUCUAUCUGAAGUGGUCCGGUCAUCUGUGGCCCUGUUGGUUAGCUUCAGGGGCUGGAGUCAGGACGGAGAGGCCUGCACAGUUCACUAAAGACUCAUCCUUGUGUUGGUCACUGCAGUUAACUAUUUUCUACGCAUUGCUUCCCUUCUCCUUUGCCCAGUUACAACCAGCUUAAAUUCUUGCACUGCUCACGCUGGUGAGAAUGGCAGCCUGUGGGAGAAAAUGUCACAGCGUCAGACUGUGUGCCUCACGUCCCCCUGUCCCUCGUAGGCCCAUGGCCUUCGGGGUGGGCUUCUCCUAAGGGAAGUCCCCCACCCACCCCAUCCGCAGAAGGAUACGCACGUUGCUGCGCUUGCGGUCUUCGCGAGGGGGAAGCUGUGAACACGCCAGUCUGAACACGGCCGAGGGCACGAGCAGCAGUCCGUCUGAUCCGUCCCAGCCCAAAGCAAAGGGAGAACAGUCUCCAGGAACUGUUUGGAGAGUGUUUUUCUGUAGCUGGCGUGUAUCUAAGUUUUUAAAAUAGAAAUGAAUCUUUUAAUAGCUGCAGCUAGUUGAGAAUGCAAAACAUUUUGAGCACAAAAUAUGCAGCACAUAACUUUUCAGAUGAAGUGUGUUUGCAUAGAAAAGGUUACCGCGCAUUCUCUGGGUUGGCGGCUUGCUCAUUUCCUGUAAAGGGUGUCCCGUGUCCGCAGACAGACCCUUCAGCUUAGGCUGUCCUAGCACGAAGCAAGACAAGCUGUGUCCUGGCGUCAGCUGGCCUCACAUGCCGUGGAACUGACUCUUGAUUUCCGUCUGAGUAUUAUGGUCGCUACCAAAGGACCCAGCUGGACAGCCUGCGUGGGUGCUGUCGGCACAGGGCCUCCUUGCGGGGAGGCGCAGAGGACAUUCGAUACGGAAAUCAUCAAUGCUUUUCUAACAGGGUCAUGCUAUUCUGUAACACUAAAUGUCUUUCUUUCUCUUUUGAUUUAAUAGUAAUUUUGUCAUCUACUUCUUGAUAUUUGAAUAUAUUUUAAUCAUCUUAUGUUCUCCAUUUGUUUUUGUCCUAGACAUUUUAUCGACAACUUUGCCUGCCUCUGUAAAAUUGGAUUUCAGAGUUUUCUCUUAAGAGGUUGAGGCUUCCUUGCUGUGAGCAAAGCAGCUCACUUAGCAAUGUAGUUAUUUCAGUAUUUAUUUCUAUUAUGGAAUCCCUGGGGUUCGGAAUGUAACUUUGUAUAUGAAAAAAUAUAUAAAUAUGU